AUGAGGUUAUCCAUCAGACUCAAUGAGCAGCACCUACUAUGGAAACUCCAGACGGGUCACGUUCUGAGCCCCUUGGUUCCCCGGAGGCCGGGUCUGAGGGUCGCCGAUCUCGGCACGGGAACAGGCAUCUGGUGCCUCGAGCUUAGCCGAUCGAUAGAUACGGAGAAAGUCGAGAUUGUCGGCUACGAUGUUUCGUCUGAUGCUUUCCCACCCCGCUCGACGCUUCCACAGAACGUGGAAUUGAACACUCUGGACCUCAUGUCCGAUCAGAUCCCGGAAGACAUGCUCGCCGCCUUCGACGUGGUGCACCUACGUUUAUGGGCCUGCGUGGUGCGGAACAAUUGCCCGGGCAAAUUGAUCCGGCUCGCUGAGGCCUUGUUGAAGCCUGGGGGCUACCUUCAAUGGGAGGAGGUUGAUCGUGACACGAGCGGGGUGUUAUCUAAGCCUAUGCAACGCUUAGAGCAUGUGUACUCGCAUUUUCUGGAGGAACAGCAUCUCGAUCCAAGCUGGGUCAAAACGUUGCCAGAUACGCUUCGAAAGCACGGUUUCGACGUUACCGAAGCGACGCUGGGCUCGUGGACUGACACCGUUCGGGGUCAGUACUAUCACAAUUAUCUCAGUGGAGUGCUGGGCAUCCUGCAAUCUAAUCUGGCACAAGGCAAGGACGAGGAGCACGGGUGGCUGGAGGAUCUGGCGCGGGAAUUCUCUAGUCAACGUGGUGUCGACCAUGGUCUGGCAUGGAACCCACUGCAAAUUGUCGCUCGCAAAACCGAUCUUGCUCUUGCCCCUGGAAAUUCCGUAGCUUCAGCGUAG